AUGGCGUCGACUCAAGGUUCUCCGGAUCUAUCGCUAGGUUCAUUUGAUACAGCACUGUGUAUUGUACCUCCUACCCAUCUUACUCAUGACAUCAAUCGACUGCGAGCUUUGUACGACAAGGCUUACGAGAAAUGGCCACCACAUGUUAAUCUCAUAUACCCUUUCAUCAACCCCGAAGCCUUACCUCAUGUUGUUGAAUUAAUUCGCUCAAGAUUUGUCCAGAACAAAGUUGAACCAUUUCGGUUCACUUUGGACAAGGCGGGUUUCUUCACACACAAACAUCACCGCACAAUUUAUACAACAAGUAGUGGCAAUGGCCGGAAAGAGGUCGAAAAUAUUCGCAGGAGCGUUCUUUCUACUCUUGGUCAAUUAGAUACUCAUUUCCAGCCACAUUUGACUAUUGGACAGAGUGAAGCGAAUGUCGAAUCGGACCUCGACUUCCUCAUGUCCAAAGUUGACCUUCUCCCUCCAGUAGAAUGGGAAGUAUCCGAAGUCGUUAUCUCGAUACGCGAAAAGGCAGCCACUUUCAGUUCAACAUUCAAUCAAUUAAGAGUUUGGGGCAAGCUCGACCUCUCUAGCGAAUAUGCACUGAACUACCCGAGCGCAACGCCUUUGUCCAACAACAUUACAACCUUGUCGGACUCUACUCGACUGGAGAGUACAUUUCAUUUUGAUUCUACGAACUGGGAUAAACGAGAGGCACCUUGGAAGCGCACCCAGUCGAUCGGCACCUCUAGUGAAGCGAAACAUACUCAGUUAUCACUAAGCAUCUCGUCGUAUAACGUUCUGGCUGAUGCUGCUCACCCUCUCUCAACCGAACGCUAUCCUGUCCUACUAGAGAACCUACUGCAGAGUUCAAGUAUUGCCGAUAUUCUGGUAUUACAAGAAGUAUCCGAUAGCUUCCUCACGUUCCUGUUGCACGAUGAGAAUAUACGAUCCCAAUAUCCUUUCAGCAGUCACGGCCCACCUGACCAACGCGAUAUUGGCCCUCUACCAAGCCUACGCAACAUUGUUGUUUUGAGUCGUUGGAAUUUCCGAUGGGAAUGGCUCAAUUUUGAGAAGCCACACAAAGGGAGUGUAGUGCUCCAAUUAGAAGACAUAGGAGUAUUUCGUCGCAGCGAAUUUGUUCCUCUAAUUGUGGCCGGAGUUCAUCUUACUUGUGGGCUCACUGACGCAUCUAUCGUUGCAAAGCAUGCUCAAGUCCGAACUGUCAUCGAGCAUUUACAGACCAGAUACCCCGAUAGUAAUUGGAUCAUUGCAGGUGAUUUCAACAUACCCUCUUCAUCGUACACAAUCAAUGCUGCUCUGAAAAGGAACUCAAUCACAGCAAGAGGUGCUGCAACCCUAUCAUCCUUGGACAUCCUUUUCGCAGAGUCGAAACUCGUCGAUUGUUACUUUGGAAGCCGGGCCACGGGCUCGAAUUCGGUAGACUACAGCACAAACUACAAGGAAAAUUUGCGCACUGUGUAUGAGGGAGAAGAGGGCGCAACGUACGACCCUAUCGCAAACAGCCUUGCUGCCGGGAAUUCAGGGAAAAGCUACCACUGUCGACCACAAAGGUACGAUCGUGUUUAUACAAAAGGCGAAGAGUUCCGAGUUACUGGAUUCAAUCUGUUUGGUUUGCCUAGUGAAGAGACAGAAGGGCGUCUAGGAAGUGAUCACUGGGGUGUUCGGGCAACAUUGGAUUUGAAUGAUGCCCCGACAACGGGCGCCAUUGGUAAGCACAAUGUUGUCAUGUUUUUCAAGAGGGCAACACAACAUAUCACCAGCGACACAUUAUUCAAUACUACACUCCACGACUUGAAUAUGUUCCCUUCAGAGGAAGAGUUCGCUCAUCGCCAGCAGAUGUUCGAAUUAGUGAAAAGCGCAAUACAACAGCGGAACCUUGGUACCUCAGUUGAAACAAGACUUAACAUUUCUUUUGUUGUGGUACCCGUUGGUUCAUACGGAUUGGGUGUAUGGGAUACUUCCUCGGAUAUAGAUUGUCUUGUCAUCGGGACUAUAAGCCCGAAGAUCUUUAUAGCUCUAAUGAUUCAGAAGCUGCGGCGUCCGGAGUGGCAGGAGAUUCAUAUCCUUAGAAAAGUUAAAGCUGCAUCUGGCACAAUGCUGGAAAUUCAAGCCGGUGGUGUUCGCUUCGAUUUACAAUACUGCGCGGCGACUAGUGCUGCAGAGAGGUAUGUUUUGCAAAUCGCUACUGGUGACAUGAUUGACGCUGAUCUCAUUAGUUGGCCAUCGGCCUUAAACUUACCUUCAUCUGAUUCGAUCUUUGAUCUACCUAUGCAGUCUUUGCUCAAGCUGAAUUCCAUUCGAGAUUCUGAGUAUCUUCAACGUACAAUCCCUGACCUUGGCACUUUCCGCAAGGCGUACCGUUUUAUUAAAGCCUGGGCAAGAUGUCGUGGAAUCUAUUCGUCGAAACUCGGCUAUUUGGGCGGUAUUCACAUCACUCUGCUUCUUGCUCGCGUUUGCAAGCUACUCUUUGGUGCAGCUGGUGCGGCUUCCGUCUCAGAUAUUCUCAGUACCUUUUUCUCUUACUAUGCCAACUUUGAUUGGAAGAAUGACAUGAUAUACGACACGACAUUCUACACAGCCAGGCCCGGAUACCAUCGGUCAUACAGAGAGCCCAUGGUUAUUCUAAGUAUUCAUCCACCCAAAGUUAAUGUUGCCCAUGCAUCGACCAUGCUCUCGCUUAAAACUCUCGAGCAGGAAUUCAAACGGGCAGCUCGUUUGAUUUCCGACACAAGUAGCACCUGGAAAGAUAUUACGGACCCAAUGAGCAUUAUUCAAUUUUUUGAGGGCUAUCACAGCUAUAUCAAGGUAGACGUCCAUUACUGGGCAAAGGCUGCGGCAAAAGGACGGGCUUUAUUUGGCUGGUUAGAGUUCCGGUGUGUCUCCCUUCUUGUCGACAUCAAUCGAGGGUUUCCUGAUAUUCACGCUCGGAUUUGGCCGGCUCGUUUUACUGAAAUGGAGGAGGACGUUCUUGAAGGGAUGGAGGAAUACCAAGGUUGUUUGCUCAUUGGUUUGUCAAGGAGCGAAAAACCUUCGACGAAAUCUCUAAAUGAGUCAGAUCGCCAAUCUGCACAAAUUUCAAUCAGUUCCCUACUCAAGGAAUUUGCUGAAAAAAUUCGAGCCGACGAAACCUAUUUCGACAAAUCCUGUUCAUGGGUUGAUAUCUCACUUGCCAAAUCAACCGACCUCCAAAAUCUGCGCCUUGACACGUCGGACUGGUCACGUACCACUGGAGAACAAGUGGAAGAUUUCGAAUCUGAUGACGGUUUCGAACAAGAUCAUGACGAUUCUGUGACCUUCCAGACCGCCGGAGAUACUGAAUCAAUGGAGCAGUGGAUUCGACCAGCACGAUCUUCACGUCCUCCUCCGGCGGUACAAAUACUGGGAGGACCUAGACUCCGUCCAGCAGGUGAUGUGCUCAAUCGGCUCAGAUGGGAUGCAUCAUUCGAUUCGUCCGACUACCUAGUCGGAUAUGUCGACCGCUUCGUCGGCGAAAAAGAGAUGCCUAUUGAUCGCUGGAAGUCUGAACAAACCCACGAAGAGUUCAUUCCGAUGCAUCGGGUCUCGUAUUUCAAGCGGAAAAGUGAUGGGGAGCGUGUCUGGGACCGGGAGAAGAGGGUUGAUCUUAUUUUCAAUACCGGUGCAACUAACAGCGGUGUAUAA